AUGGAUCAUCUUUUAAUUCCAAAUUUUUCGCAAGACGGCACAUCGAAAUGGGGGCUCAUCUUUCAUACAGAAGCCAAUCUUAUAUAUGAUGAACAAACAGAUUCAGUUAUGCACAAAAUAGAAGUCGCACGUUUAAUAGCACCCAAAAUAGCAUAUCAAUGGUUUAGUAACGUAUUCAGUUAUAAUUGGUGGACUCGAUUCUGGUUACACGACGGUCUUGCUACUUUGUUUGGAGAAGAAACCAUCGUUAAGAUCUUCAAUGAUUCUAAAAUCAUGGAUUUCUUCAUAGUGCAGAAUCAAUAUGAAUCUCUUUAUUUGGAUUCUCAUUUUGACUUGAAUCCGCAAAUCAUCUACCUGUUGGAAAUUGAUUCACUUUUCAGCUUUCCUCGUCAUUUAAAAGUACUAAUUGUUUUACGCAUGCUUCAAAGUGCAAUUACCGAUAAAGUGUUUCGAAAUAAUGUUCAUAUAUAUGUAAAUAGAAACACUUUUAGCUCAAUGAUUUCUAUUGAUUUCUGGUCCAUGCAAGAACCUAUAGAAGCAUUUAAAUGUUUUAUACCAAAUAACUUAAUCCCAACUUGGAUAACGUACAGACAUUAUCCUAUUGUAUACUUCGAGCAAGAUGAAGUUGAUUCUUACAAGGGAAGAUUGUCGCAGAUGUAUAAUCUAAUCAGUCAGGGAAGUUUGAAUGUUCCUCAAAUUGAUUGGACAUAUGAUUGGAUAGUCAAUAUUCAGCGAGCAGGUAAAUAUAAAUUUAAAAAUUUGUUGAAAAAUCCACUCAAGACGCUAGGGUAUGAUGAACAUCAGAUGGAAAAUGACCUUACCAAAUGUUUAAGACAAGAAUUUGUAAAAUGGGCAUGUACUCUUGAAUACGAUGAGUGUGAACAAGCAGCUUUUCGUAAAUUACAGCAACAUCUUCAGAAUCCUGAAAUAAACCCCCUUUUACCAGGAUGGAAGCACUGGACAUAUUGCCGAGGUUUAACAAUAGCUAAUUGGGCUACGUGGUCACACUUAAAGGAUAUAUGGUUGGAAACGCGUAAUUAUACGUUGCUAUCAUACUUAACUUGUUCUGGUUAUGCUUCACGGUCUAUUGCUUCUUCAUUGGUGGAGAUAUUCACACAAGAUGAAAGACGAAAUAUUAGGGGUAUUCGGUCAUAUAUAGACAUUUUUCAUUCAAUUGUUAUGAAACAUUCUAAGACUAAUUACAUAUUCGAGAAGAUACUCACAGUUUUGGAGACUUUUAAACCUGAACAAAUCAACAUAUUAACAGCACUAGUUGAUAUCAUUAACCAUGUUUAUUCUUCCGAAAGUCUUGGAAAGACCGCGCGAUUUGGUCGUGUCCAGGCUCCGGACCGCGAGGGAGCUGUGGGGAAGGACCGACGCAAAUCGGGAGGCACUUCGCUUCGUCUUGAGACUCCUAACGAGCUGGGGGUCGAACGGAGGACGAAGUGGAAGCCUCAACUCGUGCUCCGCUAA